GCAAAAUGCAUCAAGAUGAUCACACUGGGAACAGGCCGACAAUGAACGUGUCGACUACCCCGCGCAAGGAGCAUUCGGGACCCGAGAAGGACGAGAGCGCAGCGUCCACAACGACCGCCACCGAGAUCCAACCCGCUAUCUACGGCGAGUCGAUUGCUGCCCCAAGCCACGGCGAUGCUUUGAGCUUGCUGCAAGCAUCCAGCCAACCUUUAUUGAGCGAGGUCCACGACGAGAAUACGUUGGAGCUAGACCAGCGGCUUCAAGCCGCAAAAGCUUCAUUCCGUGUGCUCCAUCCAUUCAGCAGAAACCCCAUGAAAUUAUCGCAAGACGUUGUUCCCGCCCAACUAGAGUACGCGGAGCGCAAGACGCAGGCCGACGAGGUGCGGAACGACAUGGCGCCUACGACGCCCAACAACGUCGCGGCUACGAAGGAGGCGUUGAUGGCGGCGAUCCAGCACAUGCGGUCGCUGCUGACAAAGCCGGCCGUUGCCACCUGCCCACGCCGCGUCAUCGACGUGGUGGUGCAGUGCCUCGCGGUCUUGCCGGUCGAGACGAGCUCGGCCAUCACCGAGAUGCAGAAGCUGCGCGUCGCUCUGGCCGUCCCGGUGCAGAACGACAUGGCUCUACCAGUGACGCCGGCGGAUGCGACGUCGGACGGAGCCGCGUCCGUGGAAGAGGCGUUGAUGGCGGCGAUCCAGCACAUGCGGUCGCUGCUGACAAAGUCAGCCGUUGUCACCUGCCCAGCCCGCGUCAUCGACGUGGUGGCGCAGUGCCUUGCAGCGUUGCCGACAGAGGCCAGUGCAGCGGUCGCCGAGAUACAGAAGCUACACUACGCUCUGGUCGACCCGGUGCAGAACGGCAUGGCUCUGCCAGUGACGCUUGCGCCGCCGCCUACGGCGUCCGAUAAUGGUUGGACACCUCUGCACAUUGCGUCCCAACCGGGCCACUGUGACGCGGUCACGUUGCUUCUCGCUGCGGGCACCGGCAUAAACCGGGCAAACAAUGUACGUAAUCGACUCUAUGGAUGCACAACUUACGCGUUGUGGAACCUGUAG